CAGCUCCUCCUUCAACAAGCGACCUGGCACAGGCGGAUAUGGGUAUAUAUUCAGAAGUCUUUCCAUAAUCUGACCCACUAAGUCCCUAUCCUACCUAUUCUCUAUUCACAAAACACUUCAAACCUUCUCUCCUGAAGCAUGGUUCACAUCGGCAUACCGAGCCUUCGCCAUCUAAGGCAAAAGUCAACUCUCGCAAACGAAAAUCGAACAUCCUUUACCCACAAUGAAUGGAAAGGUAUCCGCACCAAGUUUAUUGGGCAGACAACAGCAGGAGGUAUUGCAUUCAUGCUUUGGUUCUUAGCCUGCUGCUCUUACGUAUACGGCACACUUUACAAGUCUCCGGCCCGACAUGCCAACUUCCACGUUCUGGCAGUAAAUUACGACAGCGGAAUCAUCGGACAGGCAAUGGAGGCUGCCUACCAGCAACUGCGGGGACCCAGCUUUAUCUCCCUGGACUUCCAUACCCCCAAAGAGUUCCCCACGGAGGAAGACAUGUUCCAAAGCGUAUGGAAAGGGGACUAUUGGGCGGCUAUACUUGCACCUAAAGGGGCCUCGGAGCGACUCGAAGACGCAAUUCAGGGUGGCCAAGCUGCUAUUACCUACAACUCCGUGGACGCUCUCCAUUACAUCUGGAAUCAACAGUAUUACACCACUUUCGCCAACUCAGUCGUGCAAGCCGGCCUUCAGCAGCUAGUAUCCGCAACACGUGUCGCAUAUGUUAAGAUGAAUGGCACCCAGGCUUACCCCUUCGUUGCCAAAAACGAUACAGCAGCAGUACAAGCAUACCUAAAUCCGAUCACUGCAAAGGCCACAAACAUCAAGGAAGAUACAUUCGGCUCGGUUAUUCUAUUCAACACCAUAUCCGUGGCAAUGCCCAUCCUUCAGCAAUUUUUCUUCCUCCUCGUCCUCAACGGUGUAUCACAGCAACACCAGCUCUACAAGAAAAUGACUGUUCGCUCCAGCCUAUUAAUCCGUCGCGCAGCCGGAAUUCUCUUCACCCUCGGUGCUGCUCUCUGCCAGACAGCAUAUUUCUGGGCAUUUAGAGAGGAUUGGCAGGUCAACGGAAACCAGUUUGUGCUAACCUGGAUGACAUUCUGGGUGUUGAUGCACAUUCAUUAUCUCAUCCUAGACUCAAUAUCAACGAUUGCCCCUCUGCCAGUCAUGCCGUUCGUAGUCUUAUUAUGGGUAUUCUUGAACAUAGCCAGCACACUCAGCCCAAUGGAGCUUCAAGCCGGCUUCUACCACUGGGGAAUUGCACUCCCAAGCUACAACGCCUAUUCUGUCCUCGUUACCAUCUGGACCGGUGGAGCUGAUAAUCGGUUGUGCGACACAUGUCCGGGCUUGCCAUCUAGCAUACAAGUUUGAGCAAGAACAACAGACUGGUGACGGAAAGGGCAGCAG